AAAUGGCGACAAGGACGAGAUGAAUUUAACGUUAUAAAGUAACGUAAACUUAGAGCGCCGAUUAACGUAACGUUAACGCUACUAAAAGUAGGUAACGUAACGGAAAUUAAAAUGGCAUUAAGUGUAGAUGCCCCUCAGAAAUAUAGGGAGGGAGAAGACUUUGACAUGUGGAUAGAUUCCUUUGAAAUCUAUUUAUGUGCGCUUGGGAUCGAGGAACCAAAACGGAAAAGAGCUUUGAUGCUACAUCUACUUGGAACCGACAUACAGCAGCGGCUGAAAGACAUCGACACGGUCUACGAAAAUAAUUUAGAGGGAACCGAUGAGUACGAGCGUACCAAGCAGCAGCUGCGAUCGCUGUUAAAGCCACAGGUCCGAACGAUUUACGAGAGAAAUAUCUUUCAUAGCAUGAACAUGACUGAUAACGACGAGAACGUCCGAGAUUUUGUUGUGCGUCUGAGAAAGCAAGCAGAUAAAUGCAAUUUCUCGAGGGAACAGAGAGACGAAAUGAUCCGGGAUAUACUCAUAGCAAGAUGUCCCCAUCAGACUUUGCAAGUUCGUCUGCUCGAAGCCCAUAAACUGACUACAGAAGACGCGGUAAAAAUCUGGGAGUCCUAUCUCCAAGUACGGACCCAAUGCCAAAAACUUCAAGAGAAGAACGGCAAAGAGAAGGACCCCAGUCCAGAAACUGAGCAGUCUGAGCCACAAAACGAAAACGUCAACAGAGUUCGACAGAAAUAUCGAGCUCCAUCCAAGCCAUUCAACGGACAGGGACAGCGAACUUCCGCCGGAAGCGGAAUUCCUGCCUGCACUCGGUGCGGACGAAGAGGGCAUAAUUCAAACGCCUGUACCGCAACGAAGGGUCAGACCUGUCACAAGUGCGGCGGCAAAAAUCAUUUUGCCAGGGCGUGCUGGUCUACUCAGACACGGCAGCCACAGACAACUCUGGAACCUAGAAGACGGGUAAACCACCUACAAGAAGAAAGCGUUGAACAAGGUGAAGAUGAGCUGGUUUUCUCCACCAGACCGAAGAAGCCCAUCCAAGAAAAGCUGAAACAGGGACUGACUGAAAUAUUGAUCGAAAAUACCAAAAUCCAAGUUCUGGUCGACACUGGCGCGUCCGUCGAUAUUAUCACCCGAAAAGAUUUCAAGAAGCUGAAAGGUGUAAAGGCGACAAAAACAAGCAGACGGCUUCUGCCCUACGGCACCAAAGAAGCACUGAAGCUCGAUGGAGAAUUCCUGGCACGAAGCCAAGUCGGAGGAAAGGAAGCACUCAGCUGCUGGAUCAUUGCGGCGCACGGAGAUGUGUCCUUGCUAAGCGGAACCACCGCGGAGCUCCUGGGACUUGUGAUGCGCACGGAUACGGUGAAUCAACUGGAAACAGACGGCGGUUCCCGGCUGACACUCAAGAAAGUGUUAGCAGACAACCAGGAAGUGUUCAAAGACGAGCUUGGACAGAUGGCCGAUCUGACAGCGAAGCUGAAGCUCAAAGAUGACGCCGAGCCAGUCUUUAGGAAAGUAAGACCGGUUCCGUACGCCCUUCAAGACGCCGUCGAUGAAGAGCUUAAAAAGUGGGAGAAGAUGGGCAUUGCUGAGCGGAUUGAAUAUUCCGACUGGGCUACGCCGCUAGUCGUUGUCCCAAAACCCGGCGGUGGAGUGAGGCUGUGUGGAGACUAUAAACACACUGUCAAUAAGCAGCUCGACGUACCACAGCAGCCGAUGCCCAACCUGGAAGAUAUGCUACCAAAACUGGCUGGAAUGAAGUAUUUCAGCAAGCUCGACCUCAGCACCGCAUAUCUGCAAAUGAAGAUGGAUGAAGAGAGUCAAAAGUUCACGGUGCUGAACACACCGCGUGGACUGUUAAAAAUGAAACGACUCCCCUAUGGAAAAAGGGAAAGGUGAUAGGCCGAACCGGUCCAGUGUCUUACCAAGUCACAGUGGAAGGGCUGGUCUGGUCAAGGCAUGCGGGACAGCUCCUACUCCUGCCCUCCAAGGACUCGAAGAAGGAGCAAGAUUGCGGUGACAAGUCAAAACAUCGGAGCAUGAGCAAACAUCUUGACUUAUGUCCACCGUCUCCGCAAGCAUCCUCAAGUCUGCCUAAUCCCAGAGCAGAUGAAAUUGCAUUGGAGGAACAACAAGGAUCCUCAGAUCCUCCAGGAAUCCCCGAAACACAAGACACUAGAGGCCAGAGCAGCCCUCACCCAUCCGCAAAACAGCUGAAGCAGCCAGAAGGUGUACCGCCACAACCGCCACCUGCUACCCAAGCUUCUCCAAAGGCGGUGACCAGGGCAGGGAGGACCUGUCGUCAACCAUGGUGGCUCAAGGACUUUGUUAUGUCUUAGUACUACUGAGCAGGAAGUGCAGUUCAUUUUUUUUAAGGGUGCGAGAGUGUUACAAAGUAUCAUAUCAUUUACAUAUUCGCAAUAAUGUCAGACCUCCAUUAAUCAGGCCAACAUACAUGUACUCACGUGCUUUACUUUUACAUUCAAAAUUUAGUAAAAUCAG